AAAGUUUUUUGUGUGUGCCAGGUUCUUGCGAGAGUCGAGGAACAGAAAAAAAAACUUUUUUCUGCAUUCUACGCCUACUUAGUUUAAUGUGUGGAGAACUAUUACUACUAUUACUGGGUAAAGUAAAACAGGGUUCGAAAAUUUCGUAAAAUCGUGCGGAUUCCGGUGAAACAACCGAAAAGGCACGGGGAAAAGUAGCGGAAAAAUUCGCGACUCGCGACGACAGCAAAGUGUGGCCCGUGCGUAUUGUGUGGACGGACAGUGUAGUGCGGUGCGGUAAAAAAGAUGUCUUCUGUCCUCCUGCAAGAAGCCUCAACAGCAACGGCGACGCUCGAACUGUCAAAUGGGAAUCCCGGAAAUCCUGUUGUGCAGUCCGUCUGCGGCGAGGACACUUUCUACUGGCAGUGCUCACUAGAGUCACUUGCACAGAAGGUGAUUGUUGGCGAUACGGUUGCUGCUGAUGCAAAGAAUAAAAAGAAGCAGCCUUCGUCUUCAGCACUGGAGGAAGAACAACAUAAGGAUGGGAAGCAGCAGUCAAGUGUUGGCAGCAGUCCGUGUCCAGUGGUGGCCACCGUUCCAAGCACCGCUUGUGACGCAGCAGAGGUUAUCGACGAUAAUGAGCAAUCGGAAGAAAGCUGCCAAGCUAGUGGUACAGGCGACCCGGAAACCGCAGAUGCUGAAGAACACCAGCAGCAGCAUGACUGCAAUCUCUUUCGGCUGAGCUGCUGCUGUAGACCCUGUCUUAGCUAUCGGGAAACUAUUAUACAACUGUUUGUGGAGGAUUUCGAAUAUAAUACGUUAUGGGAACGGUUGCAGUUACUGAUAAAGAAGUUCUACGAUUUCAUACCGGAGCAAGAUGACUCGCAAUUGUAUAGCCGUUAUAUUCAGCUUAUGGACAAGUCGUCGCUCAAGUGGCUAACUGAUGGACGGAUCAACACGAAAAAGAACAUACAGAUUUCGUUGGGUUCCAAUCUGCCGCUGUCGAACGAGAUGACGUUUAUUCUGGUGUUUAGCAUGCUAUACACGCGCGAUCCGCAUCAAUUGUUUGAGUUGCUCUGCCUGCAGCUGCGAUCGAUUGUGCGGGCCUAUAGUCAGGGUCUUCAGGAUUUGAUCAUUGAGUCGAGCGAUGGAGAGUUGCAAUAUAAUCCCACGGAGCUGCUCAAUUAUAUUCUCGACGGUUAUGAUAAACUUUGCCAUUCGGCAAAAGCGUUGUCCCCACUACUGUUUGAGUUGCAGCGAGGUCACUUGCAGCAGUUUUCACUGACAUGGUGUUUGAUCAAUAAACGUAUGUAUCAACGGUUUGUCUAUCUCGAGGUGCAAAAGAUCAUUCCUGAGUGCAUACUGAAGCUGAAGGAGCUGCUUUUUGAUGACGAAUAUAAAACUAUGGUUUACCGCUUUAUUCAAUUUGACGACGAGAUGAAUUCCACCUCGCAAAUUUGGCGUGAUGUUUGGUCGUUGUUGCAUGAUUAUCACAAGGCGAAGGAAGAUUCGGCCCGGAGAAAACGGAUCAGUUCAGCACACUCGUUGCUGCUAGCCGUAAAGGAGUCGGAGUUUAACUUUAGUCCGGAAAUUCAACGGCAGAAGGAGCGGCCCAUUGUUGAGUGGCUUUCACUGGAUGAUCGCAAUCUGGUGUGGCAUUAUGUGGUUCACAGUUUAAAAAACAAGUGGAUUGCCUGCACCAAUCCGAGGUUGACUGCUUCCAUUGAAAACAUUCAGUGUAGAAAGUGUAAUUUUGCACUAGCAACACAUUUCGUGGCAUGCGAAUGUCGUACUUGUUUUAUCGCCGGUGGCACUUGUCUGGGUAUAUCCAAGGAGCAGUUGUACUGCGCCAAGUGUUCUUUCUUUAAAAAGUUGGACCGUGACUAUCUGGACUACAUUGGUGAUUUUUUUAACAAACCUUUGUGCGAGAAACAAUUGCAUGAACGAAAGCAGCUCAACGGUAUGGCUACUUCUUCACAGUCUUCGUCAUCGUCAAGUUCGACAACGGAAAUCGCUUUGCCAGAUCUAUCCGAGGGUCAACUCCCGUUGCGGUCGGAAGCAACAUCUGGGGCUGCGGUAAAGGAUGGAUCCAGUUCGUCUGCCGUGGCCACCACUGUUUCGAUGACCAUGGCCUCAAUAGAUAACACUAGUCUUUAUCAUAUUUCCUGGGCCAUUUUCAAGCAUUUGCCGGAACGGACUGCGUACACGUGGACGACCCUCGAACCUAAGAGAUUUUGCAUUUUUCAGGGUGAACCAUGCAAAAUUAAUGCAUGCCGCGUAGCAAUUAACAUAAUUGCAAUGCUAUAUCCGCUGAAUUUGUCGAAAUUUCUCAUAAAAUCCUAUCAUCCAUUAAAGGAAGAGGAACGCAGAAAGAUGGCCGAGAAUUGGAACAUAGAUGUUAAAAAUUUUAUGCAGCGAUUCUGCGACGACAUCAACAAACGUUGGCGAACGGAAGUCGCCGAUCGGAUUCACCCAUUGCAUUUCCUCGAUCUACUCUGGGAGUCCGAUGAUUCCGAAUCGACACUACUCAGUGACAUGGCAUCGGCGUUUGCCGAAUGGUUUCUCAUUGAUUUCCAAUUUCCGCAGCGUAAUGUAAUCUAUCAGUAUUUCACCAAGUUCUUUUUGGCGAAAGGUACCGAUAUUGAGUUCGACAUGAAGUGCUUUGAGAGUGUCAGUGGAUCUCGAUUGUUCAAUUGGAGCACACCAGCAUCUCCAUUGCGGCAAAUGAUUGCUGACGAUAUGCAGAGUAAAUUGUUGGGUGUUAACUGGAGUACGAUUCUGCCAGAGGAGGCCUUAGCGGCUAUAAAUGGUGAUGACUUGACGGUUGCAUCGGCCAAGCUAGAGGCUGUUGCUCCGGGAAGUGUACUGUUGGCGACGGCAACCACGACUGUCUCUAGUCCAACUUCGGCGGCGAUGGCUGCCGCUGUGAUCGAGCCAAUCGUAAAGCUUUGCUCCGACGACGGUUCCAUCUGCAAGGACUGCAAGGAGUGUUUCACUGACACGGUUACCAAGUCGGAGAUUUUCGAAAAGGAAAUCAAAAAACCAUUGGUUGAGGCACUCAAACUUGCAGCUAGUAAUAAAAUUCUUGAAACGGAGCUCAAGACACUGCAAAAGGAACACAGUAUGUUAAAAGAUAUGGUGCGAGAUUUGGAGCAAAUUCAUGAGCAGAAACAUAGUUCCGUUAAUCAGCAGUGUAUAAGUGACAGCAGUUGUAGUACCAAUAAUCACAGCGGUACGAAUCACGGUUGCAACGCUGCAAGCAACAACAUUAAACCGACAAACACAGCUAAGAGCAUUGAAACUACUAGUAGUACGGUUCCGAAGUCGACUGUUGCCAAUGGUGGUAGUGGUUCCCAUUCGACUGUACCCGGUGGUAGUGCUUCAACGUCAAGUGUGAAAUCAACCGUCAGCAGUCCGGCAAAGGCUAUGCUGAAUCAAGCAACCAAUACUCCAUCCAAACCUCCAACUCUCCAGCAACAAGCUGCUACGAAAACUAACCAAUUGGGAAUGCCUUCCAAAGCUACAACGGUUGGGGCAAAUUCUUCUGUAGUAGCCGCAAAUGUCACUGGGAAAGUUAAUACUAAGGCAACCAGUACUCAGGUUGUAGCUACUGCUGCUACGGGAGGAACAACUUUGACACCACCAGUGGCAACCCCCUCUACGAGUACUAGUGGCAGCAAUCCACACGUUAUCCAGUCCAAGGAGGAGCACAAGAAGACUUGUCACCGUGGUGGUGCGAACGGAAGCGAAAAGGGAGACGGUUCCUGUGUUUGUUACUAUUGUACUCUCUUCGGGCAAAGUGUUUGUUUGGAAUGUAAUCACAACCAGCGAACGAACGAAACUCGCGAUCGAUUGCGAAAGAAAAUAAAGCAGUUACAAAGUAACAAAGACAAUCAGCAGCUUAAAUCGUUGAAUCUGAAAAACAUCAAAAUUCCUCCGGGUGGUCUGCUGAAGAAAAUCAACACAAACAAGAGUAACUCGACGAAUGUGGUCACGAACAACAACAACGGGGCCGCUAAUGGUUCCAGCGCAACAGUUCCUACGAUCACAAAGGAGUCGAUCACGUCCAAGGUAGAAGCAAUGAGAAAUAGCAACCAGAAGAUGCCUUCGAUAAACCCGUCGGUGACUGGUGGGCUGGCAGCAGCUAACGCAAAAAUUCCAAUGGUGUCCGCUCCCUUAUCAGUGGCGAAAGGCAGUUUACCCGGUGCUAAGGGUGCUGCUAGCGGAAAAGAUGCCGUUCAGCAUUUAUCAUCACAACAGCAACAUCAAAAAUCUGCUGCAAAUGGUGUGGAGACACUAAAGAACCCUCCGCCUCCGCCCAUGAUUGAGGAAAAAUCGCUUGACGAUAUCCUACGGUUUAUCGAAGGCGAUGAUGACGAUGACAAGAGCUCAAAUAACAAGAAAGCAACCAAAAAAGUCAAGCAGAAGCAAAAGAAGCAGGAGCUAAAGAAAAUCACUGAACUUGGAGAGCUAAGCCAAAAAUUUUCCGAAUUUCAUCUGGAAGAACAAAAGGCUCAGAAAAGGCUACAGUUCCAGCAAAAUCUGAAAAAGAAAGACAAAAAACAGUUGCUGGAAGAUAUCAAAGCGUUCGAGGCGAAAAAGGUGCAGCUGCAGACAGACAUCAGUAGUCUUGUGUCGAGCAUCAAGGACAAUAAUCCUGAGUUUAAUUUCAAACUUGAUGGUAGCACAGAUCAAAGCGGUGAAAGCGCAUCGGUUUCGAAGGGGAAACACGAACAACAAGCUGUAAAACAGUCGAAGUCAGUCCCUUCAACGGUUGAUAAACCACAGCAGAUGCCUGCCAAGUUGCAACAGAACAUAAAUCUUCUACAGCAACAAAAGCAACGUCAACAACAGCAGCUUAUCCAACAGCAUCAGAAAUCGCCACAACAUCCGCAACAACCGCAGCAACAACAUUCUCAAGACAAUGUCAGCAUAGAUUCCACACGUAGGAUGGUAACCAUAAAGCGAACUUUUCUACCACAUGCAGAGCCACAGGUUACCGUGACCGCGAAGGGACCUUCUCCGGAUAAGGAUCAGCUGCUAUAUACAUUUAUUAACGGACAGUUAGUGCCUCCAGAACCAGUUACUACGUCAACCAGUGGCAAAGGAAAUGUUUCGCAAACGGCAGGAAAAAAACAGCAACAACAAGAGAUACAAAAUCAACUCAACCGAAUGAAGAUGAAGAUGGCGUUCAAUGAUGCUAAGCAGAUCAGUGAUAUGAUUGUAAAAAGUCAAUUUACGAACGACACCGACGUUUGGAUUACAGAACGAUUGCUGAAGCUUAGUCUGAAAGAACAGUCCCAGCAGCAGCAGUCGAUGCGGGAAAUUGACGAACUGAUGCAGAAGAUACAACAGCAACAAAAUGGUAACGCAGAUAGGAAAAAGAAUACAGAAGAUAUUGUCUUGCUGACCAACAGGCUGUCCGAAAAGCUGGCACAGAUUAGAAGCAAGGCGAAGAGUUCAGUGAGUGAAGCACAAGCGAAAGCUGCAUCUCAAAUGUUGCAGAAGAUUGUGCAGAAACUAGAAGUCGAAUCAACCGGAGCAAGUGGUACGGACAGCGAGAGCUCAAAGAAAAAGAAAAAGAAGAAAAAACAGGAUAAGGUCGCGGAUGAGUUAGAUGAGAUCGAUAAAAUAGUUGCUUGGCUAGAUGAGCUUCAAGUUGGCACAGAACAGAAGAAAGUCGACAAAAAGCAACCGGUGGAGAAGGCUUUGGGUAAGGUUUUAAAUCGCAAGCUCAGUAAAGAAUCAAUAAGCUCGAGUGGCAGUGCUCAGAAAGCUAAAGAUACGAAAGAUCUGAAAGCGAAAACAAAACCUAAGCCUGAAGAGGGUAAAGAACAAUUGAAGAAAGAGAAGGAAGUACUCCCAAAGAAAUCAUUGCCUCGCAAAAAAAGUGAGGUUUACAUCGAUCCGGAGUUUGACAAUAACGCAUUCAAGUUACUAAAUUUGGACGACACCGAAUCGGCAGAUGAGGAAGAUGAAUUACAGGAAGUUGAAGCAGCUCAACCGGUUAUUAAAGAACGGCCGAAGUCACCAUUAAGGCCAUUAACGCCACCCUCACCGAAAAUUGAAGUGCCGAAACGGCCACCAACGCCCCCAGAUCCAAUACAGCCAGUUGUAGUUAGUAGCAAAAAAGCUACUAAAAAGAAGAACGAAAAACUGAAGGAGCUGCCCAAAGUUCAACCUGCAACUUUGAUCAAGGAUGGUAAACAGAUCAAAAACAAGGAAAAUCUUGCACCACCAACCGUGCAAUCUGUUUCGAGAAAUUCCAGAAACAACACCGGAAACGCAACGAAUGUUCAACAACCUAAUGGUAAAAAACCUGCCGCUGCCGUUUCUGUUGCAGUAGUUCAACCUCCAGACAAAUUAGGACAGGACAAUCCGGCUCUCUCUAAACGCAAAAAGAAGCUCCAACAAAAGCAACAAGAACAGCAGCAUUCCAAGGGGAAUACACAGCCUAAACAGCAAAAGAAACAGCCACAACAGCCGCAAACUAAUUCAAGUAAUGUUCGACAGAUUGACAAAACAAUCAAAACUGCUGAUCGUUUGGUCAAGUCUUCUAACGAUCGACGGUCGAAGGUUAAUAUUGGUGCUGAUACUACAUUGGAAUUGAUAGGUGAAUCAGUUACGACUCCGCCGACCCAGUCAACGGGUCGAGGAAGUGGCCUGCCGACGAAGAUUCCGAAUACUUUUCCACCGGGCGACACCUCGUUCGGGGCAAGCAUUAUGGAUCAGUUGAGUCGAGGUAUACGCGUUGAAGGGCUACAGCUGCCUCCUGGUAUUACCCUAACGCGUGUAGAUGCAGCUCAGGCUGAAGCCAUCAAAGCCAAGCGUGAAUCGAUCAAGAAAAUUUGUGAGCCAAUGCAAACGGUACAAUCAGAACCGCCAGUUCCUCCAGUUUCGUCUCAGAUAAUGAUGGGAGUUCCCGGCGGUGUUGUACCAGGGAUGCUUAUGAUGAACCCAAUGAUGGCACAGCCAAACGCUCCCGGCAAAGAUGCUGUCAUUAUGGUCGAAACCCAUAAACUAAAAAGUAAUUCCGUUGGUGACAAUGAGAAAAAGCCGAGUAAGAGAAACAAACGAAAGAAUAGAAACAAAAACAAGCAGGAUGCAUCGAAAGAUGGUCAGUCGCGCUCGGAGGGUGGUAAAAAUUCUAAAAAUAACUUUGUUACCCUACGGAAUCCGAUGUUUCAAGGUGCUCCCCAGCGGGGUGGUGCUGCUCCAAAUGACCCGACGGCAGCAGGUGCCCGCUCUACCCUAGGGUAUGACCAACCGGCAACCAUUUUUAAGAAUGACAACGGAAUGUUUACCAUACGUAAUCCGGCUUUGCAUCAGGCUUUAUCUGGAGGUGUGCCACCUUCAACCAGUGGGUUCAGACCAUUCAACACCAACUACCUGGUGGAGAACGGAAUCUUUCCUCCAACCGGUGCGACUAAUGCCGCAACGGCUAACUAUUUCCAGCAGCAGCAGCAGCAUCAACAACAGCAGCAACAGCUUGCCGGUAACCUGAUGCCAACGGUAGCUUCGAGUAAUUCGAACGCAUUUUCAGCAGCAGUGGAACCACCACGCAAGUAUAGCUCCGCAAUUGGCAGUGAAAUGAAAAAUGCUCAAAAGCAGAAGCAACAGCAUCAGCAGCAGCAACAGCAUCAUCCACACCCGCUUCACAGCUCGUGGCAGCAGUUGAACGGUUCAGUUCCGUCGCAAACCGCCGAUUCGUAUAACCCGCUCUCAUUGGGACCGAAUCCGAAUCCACGAUGUUAUUCACCCUUCGAAAGUUUGCAGUAUGGGUUAACAGGAAGCCAGGAUUACAUGAAUCCACAAAGCCCAUCAGCUGGCUUUUUCCCGCUCAGUUCUCCUUCAACUAUGAGUGCAAUCGGAUCCGAGCGGUCACAAGCAAGAGCACAUGCGGCCGCUGUCAUGUCUUCUACCGCCAAUAAUCCUAGUUGUCGAAGGCUUUUUGGUGCUCCGAGCGGUGCACCGAUUGGUGGCAGCUGUGCUAAUACACAUUGCUGUGACGAUUCGUCGGGAUCGUUUUACGAUGGAAUGGGCAGCGGUUGUUCUCCCUCAAACCACAAAUAUGAUGACUUGUCUUUUUUGCAAAAUCUGCAACCCGGUCAAAGGUUGAAUAGUGAGGUAACGAUUCACAAUAUUAACGAAUCAAAGUUUCUACGGCAACAGGGGCAGAACUUGACCAACGACAUCGAGAUUACACGAAUACCUGCACCAGGUACUUCCGUCUCAUCAUCUGGUUAUAGUCAUCCGCCACAGCCACAAACUUUACCGCAUACACUGCUGAUGUCGCCAGUCGGUUCCACCAUCAGUAGCGAUGCGACACCAGCAAUGUCGACAGUUUCUUCGAUCGCCGGUGGAACGCCGGUGGGUGCAACAAAUGCAGCCCAAGCGGCCAAUCUGCUUGCACUGAACGAUAUCGAAACUACCCUAUUUCUGCAAAAAUACCAUCAACAGCAAUUACAGCUUCAGCAGCAGCUUCAACAGCAAAUGCAGCAACUUCAGCUGCAACCCCUCAGCCGGCAGCAACAGCAGCAGCUGAUUGGAGAAUAUGGAGAAAACAUCUUUGCACCAAAUCAAAUGGUCAAUCUGAACGAGUUGGAAUCGGAGGAGCGUGAUAUUGAAUCUUUCAAACGGUUCAAUUAUUACUUCGAUCCCCCGAAGAACAAACCCAAAAUCAAUUUGAAUGUGAAGGAUAUUGUGGCGAAUAAUAAGAAACCAGGCAGUGGCACUGCCUGUAGCAGCAACCACGUGGCCUCCAGUGGCGGCAGCAGCAGCAGUAGCAGUAUCAGCAACGAUAACAACCCUGGUGGCGUUAGCAUAGGGGAAGACAUCCAGCCGAUUCGGCCGCAGGCACCCAUCGGGACACCCUCUCAAAAAGGUCUCCAUCAGCAGCAGAGUACGCCUGUGUCAUCGGUUGGCACGGGUGUCUCCACCAUGCUCUAUCCGGCAACCUCGGACAGUCCGGCCUCGUCAGCGUCAAUCUUCGAUGGAAUUUCGUCGUCGAUGAGUAGCCAUGCACACUCUUGUGAUGAUUUGUACAACGAUUUGCUCACCACGACGGGCAAUCUGAGUUUAAAUUUGAAUUUGAACCUUACCCAGCUGCAGCAAUCCAACUCGGACCCUAUAGCAUACGAUAGUUUUGGCAUGGGUGGCGGGGCACCCAGUUUGAGCAGCGUUGGUAGUUCCUCCACCGGUGGAGGCGGAGGGGCAAAACCCUCGACCAAUGAGCUGACUCAAAGUAUUAUCAGCAAUUGAAAAUGUGAUCAGUAGUGAAUUUUCCUGCCAGGUUCAGGUUUGUAAAAAUUGUGCUUAAGCGUUACGUAAGCUGCUUACGUAGCAAGCUGAAAUGAUCCGAUCAACCAACCAACAUUUUAUCAAAUAUUGUCAAAGUUGCCUUCAAACAGAAGUGCCAUAGAUUUCCUCCCCAAAACAGAAAACACAACAACAAAACAGUUAAUUAUCGGAUGCACGAGCAAACCUGUAUCAGGUAAUGGGAACAUUCUCCUAACAAAUGGGAUAACAAUUGCACACGACAGAAAUUUUGACUGCCACUAUAUAAAAAAACGGAUCCACGCUACCCCAUUCAAGCAAGAAGAAGGGGGCCCAUUGUGUCACAGAUUAGUAAGAUUUAGUAUCUUCAAACAAAAGAAAAAAUGUUAAAGCUUGUCUCCUCCCGUGAGAGGUUAAACAGUACAGCAGUAAUCGUCGGUCAAACGAAUCUAUUAAACAACACCACAUACCAACUUGAA